CAAUUAUUCCUUCUUAGCUUCUUCUUUUUGGGAAUCACAACUCAGAAGAGACAGCUUCCAUAUAGUAUAUAAAUAUAUAUGUGUGUGUGUGUGUCAAAAGCAUAAGUCUGCAGGUUUAGAUUUUAUUAUGAGAAGAAGCAAAGAAUAACUAACAAAGCAAAAAGAAAACAAAAUGGCUUCCCAAUUGUUCAGCCCCAAGAUCUCAUCUUCUUCCAAGCCUAUAAUUUCUCUUAUUCUCUGCUUUCUCUUUAUGGUCAUUGGUGUUUGUCCGGUCCGGUCUGCACGACCGGACCCCGGAAACUCCAACCGGUCGAGCCAGGCUUUCCGGCCCGGGGAAGAGUCGGAGAAGAUGAAGAUGAUGAGAGCUCAUCUCGCCAAGCUCAAUAAGCCUUUUGUCAAAUCUGUGCAGAGUUCAGAUGGAGACAUUAUAGACUGCGUGGAAUCCGACAAGCAACCGGCGUUCGAUCAUCCCAUGUUGAAGGGACAAAAGCCAUUGGAACCGCCGGAGAGGCCGAAGCGCCGGCGCCACCACCCCACGACGGCGGCCGGAUACGAGGAGGAGGAUUUCCAGGUGUGGAGGUCGUCGUCUGGGGAAUCAUGCCCGGAGGGAACUAUUCCGAUCAGACGAACACUUGAACGGGACCUUCUCCGGGCUUCUUCCAUCCAUCAUUUUGGAAGAAAAACCGUUCAAAGAGAUUCCACCGCCGGCGACGGCGCCGGCCAUGAACAUGCAAUUGGGUAUGCGAGCGGAGAAGAGUACUAUGGGGCAAAAGCGAGCAUGAGCGUGUGGGCCCCACGCGUGGCUAAACCGUAUGAAUUCAGCUUGUCGCAAGUGUGGCUUAUUUCUGGUGCUUUUGGUGAUGAUCUCAACACCAUUGAAGCCGGCUGGCAGGUUAGCCCAGACCUAUACGGGGACAAUUACCCUAGAUUUUUUACCUACUGGACGAGUGAUGCAUACCAAGGUACGGGGUGUUAUAAUCUGCUAUGCUCGGGCUUUGUCCAGACUAAUAACAAAAUUGCCAUUGGAGCUGCCAUCUCUCCCAUUUCUUCCUAUAAGGCCGGCCAAUAUGAUAUCAGCAUUUUAAUUUGGAAGGCGGUUAUGGCUUGCAUGAUAUCGGACAAGGUGACCGUCGAGGGCUCCGACGAAGCUGCCAUGAGGUCGAGAAUGAGAGCACCAGUUGAUACAAGGUGUAUCGAGUCUUCAUGGCUGGAAAAGCACUGCCCAGGGAUUUCUUUGGGUUCAGCGGCCAAAAGAAGGAGAAAGGAAGAAGGUUUAGGGUUUUGGGAAAUGAGAGAAAAUUAGGGAGAAAAUUAUGGAAUAUUAUUAUUACUUGACUUCCUACGGUGCAUUGUGCUCCGUAUUUAUAACAAUAUACUCCCCAAACCCUACGACUACUCUAACCUGUCGGUUCAAGAAAAGCGUCAAGGGAAAGAACCGAAAAGAAAAUCCUUGAAAGAGCUUAUAACCCGCUCUCCUAAUAAAAUCUACGUUACAUA